GAAGUCUUGUUCAAGGGGAGACAAUUACGUCAAUCAAGAAUAUGUCAAGCAUAGCUACAGUGUCAUGUAAAUUAUCACUGUUUACUUAAAUCCGCCGUUGAUAUUACCUUCUUGUGCAGGUGUUUCACCAAACACAGAGCUAGAGAGCUUGUAAGAAAAGAUAAACAUAUAAAACACACUUUGCAUAAACUUUUACAUUGAAAAAAGUUAAAAUGGUUUAAAACUUAAGAAGGAAUAUUAUUGUGAGAACUGCCGAUCGAGUGUCGGAUAUAUCAUUGACACAUUAUCACAUGACCACAAUUCCGUAUAGCUAAUUGAUUCACAUCCUGAGGGAAGCUUGUGGAGUGGUACAAUGAAAAAAAAAUCCGGACUAAAUUUGACAAAAAAGCAUUUCAGGGAAGCCUGUUAAAAAAGGUCACUCAGUUUUCUGGAUGUGUAGAGGUAUUUGUGGUUUGACCUCGAAUUGAAGGAUCCUAUCUCUCUAGUAAACCCCAUCCUCCUUGCUGUGUUUCAAGUUGGUUCUGAAGCAGACAGAUAGGGUUGUUAAAUAUACAUAGCAUCCUAUUUGUUGGGGGAAAAGGGGGCCCGUCAUUAAUUCUGUUGGACAUUCAUAACUCCAAGAACUGCUCCCUGGAUGCCAGUGGUGAUUGACAACAGGUGCCCUUGUCUUGUAUAAGCCUGUUUGACUUGGCUAGCCUAGUAGACACUACACGUUCAUUCAGUAGGCUAAAUGGCUAACGUGAUUGGAGAUGUUUAGUAAACAAUUCUGGUGUUGAACUCUGUAAUGAGUGGCCAGCUAGUGGCUUAGUGCCAGUGGUAGGAGAAGGAAUCGCUGGGGCAGGCGGCGUGUUGAUCUAGACAGAAAUUGCCAAACGAUUGAAUGCAAUAUGUGCCCAAGUCAUUCCAUUCCUCUCUCAGGAGCAUCAGCAGCAGGUUGCAGCAGCAGUGGAGCGUGCAAAACAAGUCACCAUGACAGAGCUCAACCAGAUCAUUGGGCAACAGAUGCAGGCAGGGCAGCACUUAGCGGGUCAUGGACACGGUGCCCCACCCUUCCCCAUGCCACCCCACCCCCCAGGACUACAACCCCCACUACCUGUCUCCAGCGCUGCUAGUCUUCUGGCUCUCCAGGGGGGCGCCCUAGGGCCCUCCCAUCUCCUCCCCAAGGAAGAUAAAGAUGACAAACACAACGAGAUGUUUUUCUCCAAUGUUGAAAGAAAAGCUUUCCGACACAUGCAGAGAUCUUCAGCUUCACCCAGCGAAAGGGAAAGAGAGAGGGAAAAGUUUGAACACAAAUUCAGUGAAAAAUACGCCAGUCGUAGCAGAACUCCCGAAGUCAAUGAAUCAAAGAAGAGAAGAGUGGAGGAGAAGGAACGAGACAGUGAGGGUGAAAAGUCGGACCAGGAAUUGGUUGUUGAUGUGGGAGAGGACAGUACACCCAUGAAUGGGGACCUCUCUCCACGGGAGAAGGCCAAAGAUUUGGCCAGCAAGAAGUCAGCAGACGACAGAAUUAGUCCCAGGAGCGAUGCUUCAUCACAUGGCAGUUCAACAUCUACAAAACACAGAGAUUCAAUUCCCAAUGAGAAGGCAUCCACCCCCGUUUCCAAGCCAGCCACCCCAACAAGUUCUGGAAACACUACCCCAGGGCCCUCCAGCGGUAGCGGAGGGGCCAUCAAGCCAGGUGUGAAGUACCCCCUGGCAGGAACUUACCCUCCCUUUAUGCCACCCAAUCAUGGCAUGCCAGCUGAUAUACCGACAAGUUACAGCAAUGGGAUAGGGGCCCUUCAUAAUAAUAUAUCACCCAAUAACAUAGCGUUUAACCACCGAAAUCUAUUCCAAGGGGAUCCUCAUGCCAACAACGCCCACGCAGCUCAUAUACGACCAGCCCUGGGGAAUUCUGCAGGAGGAAAACCUGCCUACUCGUUCCAUGUCAGCGUAGACGGCCAGAUGCAGCCCGUGCCCUUUCCUCCGGAUGCUCUGAUUGGACCAGGAAUUCCUCGCCAUGCGCGGCAGAUAAACACCCUGAACCACGGGGAAGUGGUGUGCGCCGUCACCAUCAGUAAUCCCACAAGACACGUCUACACUGGAGGAAAGGGGUGUGUUAAAGUGUGGGACAUCAGCCAGCCCGGAAAUAAGAGUCCCAUAUCUCAGCUCGACUGUCUGCAAAGAGACAACUACAUCCGAUCAAUCAAGUUACUUCAGGAUGGGCGGACCCUCAUAGUGGGAGGAGAAGCCAGCACUCUAUCAAUAUGGGAUCUUGCUGCGCCCACUCCGCGCAUUAAAGCAGAACUGACUUCAAGUGCUCCUGCGUGUUACGCUCUGGCGAUCAGCCCAGACUCCAAAGUAUGCUUCAGCUGUUGCAGUGACGGAAACAUCGCCGUUUGGGACCUUCACAAUCAGACUCUGGUACGACAAUUCCAGGGGCACACAGAUGGCGCCAGUUGUAUUGACAUCUCGCCCGAUGGCACCAAAUUGUGGACCGGUGGUCUGGACAACACGGUCCGCUCUUGGGAUCUCAGAGAGGGAAGACAGUUGAAGCAACACGACUUCAGUUCUCAGAUCUUCUCCCUUGGCUACUGUCCAACCGGCGAAUGGCUAGCUGUAGGAAUGGAGAGCAGUAAUGUGGAGGUACUCCACUGCAGUAAGCCGGACAAGUACCAGCUCCACCUCCACGAGAGCUGUGUCCUCUCCCUCAAGUUCGCCUACUGCGGCAAGUGGUUCGUCAGCACUGGCAAGGACAACCUCCUGAAUGCCUGGAGGACUCCAUACGGAGCCAGCAUAUUCCAGUCUAAAGAAUCAUCCUCAGUCUUGAGCUGCGACAUUUCAACAGAUGACAAAUACAUUGUCACUGGAUCCGGCGACAAGAAAGCCACAUUAUACGAAGUCAUCUUUUAAAAUCCAGGGCUCUUCAUGUGUUGAAAAAACACUGAUUUUUUAAAGGUUUUUUGUUUUUUCUGGGAGAACAAAUCCAUUCUCUUCUUCAGAAAUAUCAGAAUGGCAGAAAAACCUGAAAAAUGGCAAAAUCAAGUAGGGAUCUUAAGAAAUCCAGAACAAAACCUGCAGAGCAAUCGAACUAUGUGUAUUUAUCUUUGGAAUGAUUGGGAAAUGACUGCUGCAAAAAUAAGCUGCCAUCUUGGGUUAUGCUUGAGUAGGAUAGAUUACCAUGUCAAAAGAAAUGGAUAUUUGGUGCAUAAUUAUAAUUAUCAAAGAUUUGGAUGAGAGAAGAAAGGUAUAAUGAAUUCCUGCUGUUUGGGACGAAGGGCUUGUUUAAUUAAGCCAACGAUAUGAGGUUGUGUGUACCAGACAUUUGCAGACUGUGAAAAAAAAAAUUGAUAACAGGAAUGAGAUGUGCAGACUGUGAAACACAGAAUGAAGAGAAAGCAAAUGUAGAAUUCUCCGUGAGAAUUUCUGGCAUUUAUUACGUGGUGACUAAAGUGUGGUUUGAAAUGUGCAGGAAGAAAAUUACUUGUGACAAGGAUUCUGGAGUAGGAUUCACCAUUAGGGUUUUUUUCCCCUCUGGAUGUGUCGGACAGAUGCUUGUAAUUAUCUGAAUUACACAGAUAAAAUAUACAAGUUAAACAAACAUUCACCUGACGCGGAUCUCGGGAGGUAGUGCUAUUAGACAAAUGAUGGCUUGUACAACUAUUGACCUGAUUGGAUGUUUUUUUCUUUAUCAACAAGAGAAGAAAAAUAUUACAAUUCUUGCCCCCCCCCCCUUUGUAGUAGUCCCUGUGAUUUUUUUUCUAAAUGAAUAAAAAAUAUAUUGUGUGACAAAAUUAGUAUUUUUUAAAGAGAAGUUUAUGUUGAUGCAUUUCGUUUUGAUUAUGAAAUACUCGUGAAUGCGCUGUUGUGAAUAUGAAACGAUCAUCACUUUAACUGUGAAAGAUGUCUGAUAUUUUGAAUAUUGGACAGACCAAAGGCAAUUGUGUUUGUCAUUGUCAGCUUUUUACAUUCUAGUGUGUGGCAAGUGUAACACUUAAUUCCUUAGAAAACAGAAGACGUCAAAAAUAGUUGGUGUCAACAUUUAUCAUUGAAUUAAAUCCAUGAUUGUGAAAUAUUGGAGGAAAUGUGAAUUGUCUGCUUGUUGUGUUGUGAAUGUAGCUAGAGCCAUUCUGGAGAAUGUAUGUUAAAUUUGGUAAUGCUUCGGAAGUACUGUUCUUUCUAAGCAACGAGAGAAAGAGCGAGAGAGUGAGAGCGAAUGAGUGAUUGAUAGAAAGAGAGGAGAAUGAGAUGUGAUAGUAUACACUCUCAAUGUAAAAAAAAAUCAUUUUCAAACACCCAUGUUUUCAUAGUUCAUUAAAUGAUGAAAAAAAGACAA